GGAUGACAACAGCGUCGAAUGAUCUUCGCAUUGUUUCCGACCCAAGAGACCUCUACAUCAAUUGCUCUUUGGGCUGUUCAAUUGAGGUUCGAGCUCACUCUUUUACCGCCCAUCUUCACAAGACAGGAUGGAGUCAACUGAGUCUCUAUUUGAGGGACAGAAAUUGGUGAAGCUGCCAACGAUUGUUCACGAUGACCCUUUUGUCAAAGUGGUAAAGACUUUAUCAAUAUACUUUGUUAAUGAAAUUGUCCUUCCUUCAACCUUUGAACAACUACGAACUACAUCUGCGGGAAACAAGAUUCGAAUACUAGUUGAGCAUCUUGUCGAAAAUGUUACCAAUCCUGCCAUUAUCAAUGCAAUCUUGACGUUGAAAUGGCAUUUCUCUGCUCUCGAUUCAGAAUCCGGAAUCAAUGAAACUCGAGCAAGCGCAUGUGAAAUAGUGGCAUGGAGAUUUCUAAGUCGUAUUUCGGAGAGAGAUGCUGUCGAUUUUUGCUUGUACGAACUACCUUCACCUACUCUUCAACGAUCAACAGAUGGUGCAGCAGAACCAGAAGAAAUACAAGCUACGGAACAUUCGACUUUAUUGCCACAAUUCAGAGAACGGGAUUCGCCUCCCGGUACAAGACCACCCAGUCAGAAUAAAAAGACUGAACUCUUGCGGUCUAUUUCACAUAUGGGAUCAUUCUUCACUCAUGAUGACAUGGAUGAUGAUGAGGAUGAUCCAACAUCUUCGUUCACAGGAUUGAAUGCUCUUGAGAUUGCGGCGGUAGCUGAUUGUAAGAAGUUUCUCAGUCAAAGAAUUGUUCAAAAAAUUAUAACCGGUAUUUGGAAAGGAGAUAUAACAUUUUGGGAAAGCUUGAGUGAGCAUACCCAAAAGAAAGCUCAAUUUUAUAAUAGGAAGAAAUCCGAUCCUUUUUCGAGAUUGAGAGUCCCUAGAUAUAUCAAAGCUUUUGAAGUCUUAUUCUUUGCUUCUUUCUUAUUUCUAUACUAUGCAGUUCUUAUUGAACGGAAUCCACAUCACAUCACCCCGCUUGAAAUUGUUCUCUAUGUAUGGUUUGCUGCUUUUGCAUAUGAUGAACUCGGAGAGUUUAUAGAUGCAGGCUCGAUAUUCUAUGGAGUUGAUAUAUGGAACUCUUGUGAUUUGAUGAUUAUCUUGAUAGGGGCUGCUUUUCUACUCACUCGUGUGAUUGGUUUGACGAAGGAUAGUGACAAGAUUAUCGACAUGGCUUUUGAUAUACUGUCACUGGAAGCAUUAUUCAUGGUUCCAAGAAUAUGUUCACUUCUUAGUCUCCAUCCAUACUUCGGUUUAUUGAUCCCUUCCCUAAAGGCCAUGGCGAUUGACUUUCUGAAAUUUAUGCUGGUGGUUUUAAUAUUAUACCUGGGGUUUUUAACAACCUUCACCCUCCUCGCCCGCGAUUCAUUCACCUUAGGCGAGAUGUCUUGGGUUCUUAUCAAAGUAUUCUUCGGAUCCUCAUACCUUGGCUUCGAUAUAAUGAAUCAAAUCUCUCCACAAUUUGGUCCUCCACUCAUGCUCAUUUUCGUCUGUAUGACUAAUAUUCUUCUCAUUACAUCCUUGAUUAGUAUUCUGAGUGAUACUUUUUCAAAAAAAGUCCAUUGUGGAAGAGAAGAAUAUUUGUUUGUGUACUCGGUAUAUGUUCUUGAAGCAUCAACCUCGAACAGACUUACACACUUUUACCCACCACUCAAUCUCAUCCCUCUCAUUCUCAUUAGACCUCUUAGACUCUUCAUGAGUUCUUCUACACUACGCAGGACUCGAAUAGGGCUAUUAAAAGCAACACAUGCGCCAUUUGUACUCGCAAUUAAGAUCUUCGAAGGUGUUAAUGAACAUAUACAAGACCCAUCAUCAUUUCCUCGUACACCAGUUGCUACAGGACCAUCUACACCUCACAGUGGAGCUAAUGGAACCAAUUCUUUUGGAACGACAAGUAUGAGUGGAGAACCAGCAUAUAAAGGAAAAGCGAAGAAGAAAUUCUUGACUAGUAGGACGGGUACAAAUCAAUCGUUACAUUUUUUGGAUGGACCGGGUAUUGGAGCUGGAGAGGCAAGUCCACUUGUUAGUGGGAAGUGGGAGGGGGGUAUCAGGGGGAGGAGAGAGGGAUGUUCUUCUAAUAUGGGUAAUGGUGGACGUAUGAAUGGUAAAGGAAAUGGAAAAAAUAAUAAGAAAUUGGCAUUCGAGGGAGAAGAUAGUGGGUUAGGACAAGAGGAUGAUGAUACAGCACAGAGAACAGGAGAAGAAGAGAGAAUAAGCGAGAGAGAAAGAAGAUUAGAAAAUAAAGUUGAUGAAUUGGGAAAGAAGAUAGAGGAAUUAACUAGGUUGUUUAUGGCGGAUAAAGGAUUGGGUGGGGAUGAUGAGAUGUAAAUAGAUAGAUAAAUGGAUAGAUACACAGGUCGAGAUGGUGGCUAGCUUUGGUAGGGAGGGUGGAGGGUGGAGGGUGUGCAUAGCGGGGUUUGUAUAAUAUCCAAGGAGAUGUUUAUAGAUUGUA